AUGGCGUGGAAAAUAUAUAGCAGAGUCCUGAUGGGAGCCAUCGGGGAGACGUACGGGCACGCGCCCGCGCCCGCCCUCGCCCGCCCUCGCCCUUCUUCUCACUCUCCUCGCCGACUCCCGCCGCCCUCGACACCGCCUCCCCCUAGCCCUGCAAGCCCUUCCACGUCCUCGCCCGCCUUCCCCCGCCCCUCGCCCGCCUGCCCCGUCCUUCGCCCACCUUCCCACGGCCUCGCCCCCGCCUUCCCACGCCCUCGCCCUCCUUCCACGCCCUCGCCCGCCCUAGCCCGACUUCCAAAGCACCCUCGCCCGCCCUCGCCCGCCUUCCACGCCCUCGCCCUACUUCUCUCGCCUCGCCCGCCUUCCACGCCCUCGCCCGCCCUCGCCCGCCUCCCCACGCCCUCACCGCUCUCGCCCCACCUUCCCUCGGCCCGCCUUCCGAAGCCUUAG